AUGUCAUCAGUCAGUGAUCCUCUGGUAUCCAGUGGUUUCCGGUCUGAUCAGUGUCCAACAUUGUCCCGUACUUCCCCGGCCUUGUCAAUGUCAUCAGUCAGUGAUCCUCUGGUAUCCAGUGGUUUUCGGUCUGGCCAGUGUCAAAUAUUGUCCCGUACUUCCCCGGCCUUGUCAUUGUCAUCAGUCAGUGAUCCUCUGGUAUCCAGUGGUUUCCGGUCUGAUCAGUGUCAAACAUUGUCCCGUACUUCCCCGGCCUUGUCAAUGUCAUCAGUCAGUGAUCCUCUGGUAUCCAACGGUUUCCUGUCUAGCCAGUGUCAAACAUUGUCCCGUACUUCCCCGGCCUUAUCAAUGUCAUCAGUCAGUGAUCCUCUGGUAUCCAGUGGUUUCCGGCCUGGCCAGUGUCAAACAUUUUCCCGUACUUCCCCGGCCUUGUCAAUGUCAUCAGUCAGUGAUCCUCUGGUAUCCAGUGGUUUCCGAUCUGAUCAGUGUCAAACAUUGUCCCGUACUUCCCCGGCCUUGUCAAUGUCAUCAGUCAGUGAUCCUCUGGUAUCCAACGGGUUCCGGCCUGGCCAGUGUCAAACAUUGUUCCGUACUUCCCCGGCCUUGUCAAUGUCAUCAGUCAGUGAUCCUCUGGUAUCCAGUGGUUUCCGGUCUGAUCAGUGUCAAACAUUGUCCCGUACUUCCCCGGCCUUGUCAAUGUCAUCAGUCAGUGAUCCUCUGGUAUCCAGUGGUUUCCGGUCUGGCCAGUGUCAAACAUUGUCCCGUACUUCCCCGGCCUUGUCAUUGUCAUCAGUCAGUGAUCCUCUGGUAUCCAGUGGUUUCCGGCCUGGCCAGUGUCAAACGUUUUCCCGUACUUCCCCGGCCUUGUCAAUGUCAUCAGUCAGUGAUCCUCUGGUAUCCAGUGGUUUAUGGUCUGAUCAGUGUCAAACAUUGUCCCGUACUUCCCCGGCCUUGUCAAUGUCAUCAGUCAGUGAUCCUCUGGUAUCCAGUGGUUUCCGGUCUGAUCAGUGUCAAACAUUGUCCCGUACUUCCCCGGCCUUGUCAAUGUCAUCAGUCAGUGAUCCUCUGGUAUCCAGUGGUUUCCGGCCUGGCCAGUGUCAAACAUUGUCCCGUACUUCCCCGGCCUUGUCCAUGUCAUCAGUCAGUGAUCCUCUGGUAUCCAGUGGUUUCCGGCCUGGCCAGUGUCAAACAUUGUCCCGUACUUCCCCGGCCUUGUCCAUGUCAUCAGUCAGUGAUCCUCUGGUAUCCAGUGGUUUCCGGUCUGAUCAGUGUCAAACAUUGUCCCGUACUUCCCCGGCCUUGUCAAUGUCAUCAGUCAGUGAUCCUCUGGUAUCCAGCGGUUUCCGGCCUGGCCAGUGUCAAACAUUGUCCCGUACUUCCCCGGCCUUGUCAAUGUCAUCAGUCAGUGAUCCUCUGGUAUCCAGUGGUUUCCGGUCUGAUCAGUGUCAAACAUUGUCCCGUAUUUCCCCGGCCUUGUCAAUGUCAUCAGUCAGUAAUCCUCUGGUAUCCAACGGUUUCCGGCCUGGCCAGUGUCAGCCAAUUCCCUCUUAUCCACUGACUUACAUGAAUCAGGCGUUAAAUAUCUUCAAAUGA